UAUAAAUAUAUAAUUUUUUAGAACUCAAUUAUUAAUAAAACAUAUAAAUGGAUAGAAUGGAUGAAAUUUGUGAAAUGGAUGUUUUUCCCUGGAUUGAACCGUUGUUAUCACGAUUGACCGAAGCUGACUUGAAUCUUUGUGCUGGCAAAGCCUCUCUCAAGGAUUUCACUAGCAGUACAUCACAAAAUUCUUCUGAAACUGGCAGUGAAGAAUGUGAUAUAUUUACGAUUUGCAUACCAUUUGCAGGAGCAACAUUACAAUGGAGAGUUUUGUUUGAUGGACUUGAUUGUGAAGAAUUGCCAGAUUUUCUAAUAUCUGAUCAAGAUGGAUUUGAUCCUGAUUAUGAAGACAUUCCGCAUUUAAAAAAUUGGAAUUCGAAGGAAUCUGAUUCGCUGUUGAAUGUUUUAAAAGACCUUUUAAAACUUUAUAAGAAACAUCAUUUGAAACUAUUGUCGGAAGCUGAUCCCAAAUUGUCAAAGAAUGUGGAGGAAGUACUAGCUUCAAAUGAAUAUCCAUUUCUAGAUGCCUGUGUGGUAAAGGAAGAAGAUCGAUAUGGUUCACCUCGAUACACAUUCAGUGUGUUAGUUCAGAUCCAAUUGGAUUCAAGUCAAAUUCCUGACAUCUGUUUCAAGGAUUCACCUCCCAUUGAUCCUGGUUUUCUCCAACCAGUAUUGUUCAUUCGAUCAACUGCAAACAGUGGAAAAAUUGUUCCCCAACUAUACAUGCCUCCUAGAAUGGAACAUGUAUUGGGAGGUCGAAAUGCCAUGAAGUUGCCGCACUACAGUCGACAAAACACUAUUUUACUUGAAUACAUUCAAUCAGUUCAUAAAAAUCUUCAAGAAUUAGUGGCUUUGUUGAAAAAUGGACAUUCAAAAAGAAGAGAAUAUGUGGCAUCAUUGCUCUGUCAGUUUUCGAGCAAUAUUCUUGAGUAUGAUGCAGAAGAUUUUCGAAAGAUUAGCCUGAUGUUCAGUCAUGAAGAUUUCUACUUCAUUGUUCAUGUCACUCUCAGCAGAUUGUUUCCACAAGAGCAGCCGAAACUCAUAUUUCAAUCUGCUUACCACGUUACAAAACGAGGAGAGUUGUAUCAAGUUACUCAUUCAAACUAUCCUUAUAGUCCUAGAUGGACAGGCUCUGAAAUGGUUAAAAGAGCAAGGGCAUAUAUUCUGGAACGAAUUGAAGCUUUCAAAACUGGCUGCAUGAAGAAUGGAAUUAUAUAGAUGCGAAGUUGCUCAUGUAGUGCAUCUUGCCAUAUUUGUCUUACUUCAAAGCAUGUGCAGAAAGAUUGAAUUUGUCAAUAAAUGCAACUGUUUAUGUUUUGAUAUUGGGAAUUAAACUACCAAUCUUCUCAAAUCACCCAUCCAUCAUUCUACAUCACGGUCACAUCAAGAAUUAUAAAUCUUGUCUUCGCUAGAUCAACCUGCCCUAGUACAUGAUUGACUAUCUCUUUCAAUUUUUUUUUUCAAAAUCUUUUAGUUUUUUUUUUUACUGUAUUAUUAUGCAAGUUUUUGUUUCAAAAUGCAAUAAAAAUAUGAAAUUAUUAA